GAAAGAUUAAGUGUAGCACAUUUCACGUGUUAAAAAUAAAUGCUUAACCAUCAACAAGAGUGAAAAUGAAGCCUAUGAAUAAAAUUAAAAGAGAAUAAAAACUGAAUGAAAAUACUAAAUGAAAAUAAAAAUAAUUAAAAACCAGACAAAAAUAUAAUAAGAUAGAAAGGAGAAAAAAAUAAGAAGAAAAUGUUGGAAUCAACGUUCGACUGGUCAGCUGGGAUGAAAGGCAGCUUCACCUGGGCUGACUAUCUGGUCUUCGUCGGGAUGCUGGUGGCCUCGAUGGCCAUCGGCAUCUUUUACGCCGUCAAGAGCCGCAAUAAAACCAACGAUGAGUUCCUCCUGGGAAGCCGCAGCUUCUCCUGCUUCCCGGUCUCCAUGUCCCUCCUGGCCUCCUCCGUCUCCGCAAUUCUCGUCCUGGGAGGUUCGUCUGAUGCGUACUAUCACGGUGUGCAGUGGUGGGUGAUCUGCACUGGCCAUGUUGCCUUACCUUUGUCUGCUGUCGUCUUCAUGCCAUUCUUCUAUGAGCUCAAACUUACUUCGGUUUAUGAGUUCCAUGCUCCUCCACCAACUCCUCCACAUCAUCUUCGGUCACCUCUAGGCCCAGGGACACAAUAUCCUUUACUGGCUCGAGCUCAUCUUCAAAGCCUUCAAAAUCCUUCGCUGCCGCGAACUCAGGACAGUUUCUUCCACGCUGACUGCAUGAUCCUGGAAGAUACAUCUCUCCAGGCUUUUCCUAUGAGCUUCAAGCAUGUGACGAUAUUGAAAAGGUCCUUCCAGAACUCCCUGAGGGGAGGGAUGAAAGCGGUGGUGUGGACUGACGUGUUGCAACUCUUCAUCCUCAUCCUGGGCCUCAUCGCCGUCGUCAUAAAGGGACUCAUCGACAUGGGCAGCUUCCAGCGGUUCCAUGCUCCUCCACCAACUCCUCCACAUCAUCUUCGGUCACCUCUAGGCCCAGGGACACAAUAUCCUUUACUGGCUCGAGCUCAUCUUCAAAGCCUUCUAAAUCCUUCGCUGCCGCGAACUCAGGACAGUUUCUUCCACGCUGACUGCAUGAUCCUGGAAGAUACAUCUCCAGGCUUUUCCUAUGAGCUUCAAGCAUGUGACGAUAUUGAAAAGGGAGGGAUGAAAGCGGUGGUGUGGACUGACGUGUUGCAACUCUUCAUCCUCAUCCUGGGCCUCAUCGCCGUCAUCAUAAAGGGACUCAUCGACAUGGGCAGCUUCCAGCGGGUGUGGGAGAUCAGUGUCCAACACGACAGAGCUGGACCUCAGAUCUUUACGUACGGGUAUGACCCCAUGGAGCGUCAUACCGUCGUUAAUAUCGUCAUGAGUGCCAUAUUGGGUACGAUAUCGCAGUAUUCGUGCAGUCAGACCACCAUCCAACGCUAUGUCAGCAUGAAAUCUCUCACUCAUGCUUAUAUGUGAGUACUUAUUACUAUCUUAUAUAUUACUAUCAUUGUAUUAUUACUAUCAUUAUAUAUACUAUCAUUAUAUAUUACUCUACGAGGAUGUGAUCCCCUUGCGGCCGGUCUCAUCACCAGUAAGGAUCAGAUCCUUCCCUUCUACGUCAUGGACAGUCUUAGCUCCGUCCCCGGCUUACCUGGACUCUUUGUCGCUUGUAUCUUCUCUGGUGCCCUCAGUAAGGUGACUAUCACAAUCUCUUCCGGAGUCAACUCACAAGCAGCAGUGACCUGGGAAGAUGCCUUCUCCAACAUCCCCAUGUUCGCUAAACUCACCAGCACCAGACAAGCCUUAUUUACCAAGUUCCUGGCCCUGGGCUACGGCUUCCUGGCGGUGGGUCUGGCCUUCCUGGCGGGGAACCUGGGUGGGAUUCUUCAGGCAGCCAUCGCUGUCACCUCCUCCGUGGAUGGACCUCUGCUGGCGGUGUUCAUCAUGGCUCUCUUCAUGCCUUUCACUAAUUCCAAGGGGGCGUGCUCAGCGCUGGUCGUGGGCACGGCUGUGGCACUCAGCUUCAGCUUCGGUGCUACAAUCCUGGGUAUCACACCAGAAAUACUGCCCACCUCUACGGACGCCUGCCCUGCCAACCUGACCAUACCUCUUCCUUCAGACACCCACCCAGUCAGAGUCUCCGACCUACAGUACCCGCAGAAAAUCUUCGGCCUCUCGUACACGCAGCUGGGUUCUCUGGGGUUGGUUGUGGGUCUUGUGGUGGGAGUCCUCGUCAGCUUCCUCACAGGUAAAUCUGGAGGUCGUCGCGUGGAGCGGUCAAUGAUACACCCGUGGGUGAGAUGGUCUCUCCCGGACCCAGCCGAUGUUACAGCCAGGACCAAGGCGAACUCCUACGACAACACGAUGUCCACCAACUUCUAAUUACAAUUUUUAUAUAUACUCUUAUUUAAUGGACGAAAAAUUAUACCUUUAGAAUUUUAAUAUAUUCUCGAAUUUUUUAGUUGUGUUACUGAGUGGCUCUGCUGAUGAUUUCUUAGAAUGUAGAGAAAUGUUCAAAAAUGUAUUAUUGAAAUUAAAGUUAUGCUCAGCACAUAUCAUUUUGUAACUAUUAUGCAUUAUUUUGCCAUGUAAAUAUGUUUCGAAGA